AUGAAAUAUCAAUUUUCUAGUUACGACAUCGGAUACCCUUUAUAUGGUGCCAAAUUUUUAAAUAAUUCUAUCCUGUUGGUAACUGGUGGUGGUGGACAUAAGAAUCCAGAUGUUCCAAGCAAACUGACAGCUUUGCGGGUCGAUUUCAAUAAAAAAAGAGUCAUCAAAAGGUUCAGAGAGAUUACAUUCGAUUCUAAAGAUGACCAUCCAACAACACUAGAUGCUGCCAAAGUUAUCAACCAAGACCCACUACAUAAUAUCAUCUUGAUUGGUUGUAAUGAAGAUGGCUCAUCUUCGACAGCUACAACUAACUACCAUUUGAGAAAAUUUGCUUAUGAGAAUGAUCACUUGAAAUUUAUGGCUAGUGCAGAUUUUAAUAGAUCCAAUGACCCGACUGCAUAUACUAAGUUUAGCUCUUUAUCUUCUGAUGGUACCGUAGGAGCUAUUGCAUCUUCUGAAUUGCCUAUUGUCAUCAGGAUUAUAAAUCCGAUGACCAUGGAGGAAAAAUAUGAAAUAGAAACGGGUAGUGACGUUAAAGAUUUACAUUUCUCUCCAGAUGGGAAAGUUAUCUGCUAUAUAACUGAGACUACUUUAGAAGUCAUUUCCAUUGUCACCGGUAGAUUUAUUGUAAGGAAGACUGAUUUCAAUAAAAAUAUUUGUCUUUCAAAAGUUCGUUUCCUUUCAAAUGAUACAGUAGUUGUGGUUGGUUCUUUGAAGGAAAAAUCUAAAAAAAUUGUCAUUUCAAAGAUUAAUAUUAAAACUAAAAAUACAGCCGUUCUACUAUCAAAAUCAAUUAAGUCCAAUUAUACCAGUGUAACUGCAAUGGAUUCUUCAAGGGAUGGACAAUUGAUCUGUUUGGCUACAAAUGAAAGGACACUUUUAAUUCUGAAAAGUAGAGAUUUUACUGUUCUUAGAAGUUUUAAAAAUGCUCAUAAAGAUGAUAUCACUGCAGUAGCCUUUUCACCAGAUACACAUCAUCUUGCAAGUGUGUCAUUGGCAAAUACUAUUUAUUUGGUUAACUUGCCACAGGGAUUGGCGGAAUCUACAUCAUUUUUAUCUAAACUUUUCAAACUAUUAUUAAAUAUUUUACUUACUGUUGGUAUCAUUGUGGUGGCAUAUGCAGUCUAUUAUUUCGAAUUACAUCAUAAGACGUAUCGUUACUUUAAUGAGAAAUAUUUGGCUAAAAGAGAUACUUCUGGAUAUUUCCAAAUGCAUGAUGGAUUUUUGACUACUUCGAUGGAUAUUGUUGAUGAUAUAGUUACAGUCCACACGCUGACUGGUAAUAUCAAUACUGGAUCUGGUUUUAACACUGAUAUGUGGUCAAGAAAUAUACCUUUAUCUUCUAUUUCCACUGAUUAUGAAAAUAGCAUGUUUGAUAAUGUUGAAGACACCUUUAUUACAAAAUCCUAUGUUUUAACGGGGAAGAGACUUAGCCCAUCGUGGAAGAGUGAAUCAUCUAUAUCUCUAAGUCCAAAUAAUAUGGAUGCAACUACCUCUUUAUGCUUUACCAGCAGUAGUUUACCAGUUUCUGUUUCUAGCAUCAUUGAAUUGAUUGCUACAAAAAACUCAGUCUCAGCAUCCUCGAUAGAAGAUUAUCUAUCCAUCGGAUCACAUGCCAUUAAAACUUAUACUAGUGUGUCCGAUUCUGUAGUUUCAUCUCGUUCACAGUCUCUUCAAGAAGUGGAACUAUUAUCAACAAUUGAUUCAAAAAGCAAAUCAAGUUCAACACAUGUGUCCCAGGAUUCAGGGAAAACAAAAUCUGAUAUUCUUCCUUGUUCAGCUAUAUCUGAAGAAAAAAUGCAACCUUCAGUUUUAAGUUCGAGCACAGAUAAUCAAGCGAGCGAAAACAUUAGUAGUUUAAUUAAACAAACUAUUACUGUAGAUGGUGUUGUAUAUGAGGUGGUUUCAAUGAGUUCAAUACCCACAACUUCUUCAUUUGAAGUGACUGCAAAAGAAACCAACAACAUUGUUUCGCUAGAAGUAUUAAUAACGAAUGAGUUAGUUUUUGGGGACCAUUCGAGCUCUUCAACUUCCACUAAUAUUGAAUCGAUUUCUACCACAAUUGCAAGCAGUAGGCCGAUUCCUGAAGAUGAAAAAUAUAAUUCGUCUAAUUCAAAACCUAUGUCUAUUUUAAUGACUAGUGAUUCUAGGAACAAUUUUACUUCUUCACUUCCUGUAACGCAAUUAACCACGAGCAAUGGUGUAACACUUUCAAAUCCAGUUUCGUUAUAUGAAAUGGAAAGUGAAACCAUAGCUAACAUUAACUCAGAAAAAGUAUCUUUUUCUUCUGUUUCCAUGGUGAUCAUGGCUAAUGCUAAUACAUCGAGAAAACUAUCUCUUUCUGAGAGAAAGAAGCAUUUGUCAGUAUCAUCUUCAACUUCUGUAUCUUUUGACACCACUAUUACAGGUAAAGAAUCGCAAUCCAUGGUGUCUCACUCAAUUACCGAUUUUCUUACAAGUGUAAGUAGAGAAGAUGGAAAUAGUGUUGUGUUGACGUCUGUUAUUCCUAAAAUUGAAAAUUCCAGUUUAAGAAAUAUAUUAUUGGAUCAAACUGAAAAUUUAGCAAGCGAACAAAAUGUUACCAGUAGUUUUCUAAACACACUCCCAUCUAAAAGUGUAAUUUCCAGUAAACUAGACAAUAAUACAGUAGUAGUUAAUAAGACAGAAUCAUACACCUGUGGUGAUGUAUCGUUAGGUCACUUGGUAGAUAAUACAUUAUUAGUAACCUCUUCUAUUUAUAGAAAUAGUUUGAAUCAAGCUAGCAAUUCAGCAGUUGAGUCAGGAAAAUUAUCAGGUGCUGAUUUAUUAUCAACUGUUACUUUUACAUCACAAGAGAAUGUCACAAUGUUAAGUGUACAAAAUAAUAUUUCAACAGUUUUAGAAUCAGGUUCUAUAAAAAAAGACUUAAAAAAUGUUACAAUGAGAGUAAGUGAACUAUCUUCCGACUCUAUGCCGGAAAGCGUUCCAACAAUUUCGCAGGUCCCUGGAAGUGAUUCUUAUUCUAUGAAUACUGCUGGUUUACAUAUGCUUUCCAACCUAACCUCUAUUGCAUCAUCUGGGACAAUUUCUGUUUUUAGUGAUUCUUUGAUAAAAACACAAUCAAACGUUGUAGUUGGUAGCACAAAGGAUAUAGAUCAUAGUAUUUUGUCAAUAGAAAUUGAUAAAGAAGUUAAUGUUGACUCUAUCACAUUUAAUGAUUCCGAUAAUAUUGUUGUAAACCAAACUUUUGAUCAGGAGUCGUUUUACCCUCGUCAUGAUGAGUUAUAA